AUGGCUACGGACGACAAAACCGCCGUAGAGGCGACCAGCGAAGUCAGCCUGCCCCAUGUCUCUGAAAAAGAUGUGGAUCGGGCGCUGCUGCGAAAGAUUGAUUGGCGUGUGAUGCCAGUGUUGUGUAUUACAUAUGCUCUUCAGUACUGGGAUAAAGGCUUGCUUGGCCAAGCAGCUGUAUUUGGUCUACGAACAGAUCUUGGCUUGACCCAGGGCAAGUCUUACGCUUGGGUAUCCGUGGUAUUUUACUUUGGCCAUAUAGCUGGCAUGUAUCCUGGUUCGCUGUUAGCACAGCGGUUCCAUCCCAAGCGUACCUGUUCCAUUCUAGCAAUCGUCUGGUCCAUCAUCAUGCUCACCACGCCUGCAUGCACGUCCUAUGCAGGCAUUAUUGCCAAUCGCUUCUUCCUUGGCGUGGUUGAGGCUGGCGUUAGUCCCGUCUUCAUGCUCGUUGUUGGUACAUGGUACACGCACUCGGAACAGGUCUUGCGAUCCAGCAUAUGGUAUUCAUUCAGCGGUGGCUCUCUUUUAAUCUCCCCGGUCAUCAACUUCGGACUCGCCCACAUUCAAAGCAGUCGAUUGAAGCCAUGGCAGAUAAUGUAUUUAUUUGCAGGGGGCAUUUCCUUCCUUUGGGGCGUCGCAUUGCUUUGGAUCUUCCCUGAUACACCUCAGCGCGCCAAAGGCUUUACGGAGAGUGAGAGAGAACGCCUCGUCGAGCGCACGCGUGUUAACAACGCAGGCACCGAAAAUAAACAGGUGAAGUUCUACCAGAUCGCAGAGGCUUUGUUCGAGUUUCAGUUCUGGGGAAUUCUCGUGCUCUCUCUAUUGAGCUGCACGGGCUCAGCUGUUGUCACACAAUUUGCAUCUAUCGUGUUUAACGGAUUGGGUUUCGACGCUUACACCUCACUCCUGCUUAAUCUUCCGACCGGCGCAAUGGCUUUCAUCUGUAUUUUGGGCUCUGGUUACCUUGGAAGACACUGGAAAGACUCCCGAUUCUUCAUCAUUUCAUUAUCUUGCCUGCCUGUCAUUAUUGGCUGCUCACUUCUUUGGAAACUCGACAACAGCAGAGGAGGAAAAAUCUUCGCCUUCUAUUUGCUCAAUUUCUUCUCGUCGGCCUGGGUCCAAUGCAUCGGCUUGGGCACCUCCAAUACGGGUGGUUAUACAAAGAAGGCUGUGUACGCUUCGGGAACCUUUAUUGGCUACUCGCUAGGCAACGUUACGGGCUCUUUGCUUUUCGAUCAGAAAUUUGCUCCCAAAUUCGGCCAAAGCUUCACAGGCGUCUUGAUCUGCUUUGUGAUUUGCUUCUUCCUCGCACAAGUGGUUCGUUUUGUGCUCGAUAGAGAGAACAAAGAGCGCACAAGGGUCCACGGACCGCCCACUUUUGACAAGGGCCUUGAAGACUUGUCAGACAGGGAGAAUUUUUCAUUUAGAUAUGCGAUAUGA